AUGGCCCCCGCCCCCGCACUCGCCGGCAUUCUGCUCGCCCUCGUUGCGCUGGCUGUCGCCGUCCACGCGCCAGCCCCCUCGCCGGAGGAGUCCGAGUCAACGUCGCCGUCGGAGGCACCGGCCGGGGAACCCAUUGCGUCACCCGCCGAGGCACCUGAUGACGAUGCCAGGGAGAUGGAGAGCCCGUGGAUGUCCCCCGCCGAGGCCCCGGCGCCCUACGGCGACGAAAACGAAGGGCCCGCUGCUUCCCCGGAGGAAGAAGACGCGCCCGCCAUGGCACCGGGCUUCGACGCUAACGGCCCUGCCGCCGCUUCGCCGGAAGAAGACGCGCCCACCAUGGCACCGGGCUUCGACGCUAACGGCCCUGCCGCCGCUUCGCCGGAAGAAGAAGCGCCCACCAUGGCACCGGGCUUCGACGCUAACGGCCCUGCCGCCGCUUCGCCGGAGGAAGAAGCGCCCACUAUGGCGCCGGACAUCUCUCCCUUCGCGAGCGAGCCGCCAGAGGAAGAAGCGCCCACGAUGGCGCCGGACCUCUCUCCCUUCGCGAGCGAGUCGCCGGAGGAGGAAGCCCCCGCGGGCGCCCCAGAAGAAUUCGAGGGCGCACAUAUCGCCGCUCCCCCGCUGGAGGACGCGCCCACCAUGGCGCCGGCGGCCUUCGCUCCCUUCUGGGCCAGCGAGUCGCCGGAGGAGUCUGAGGCCCCAGCCGGCGCCCCGGAGGAGGAGGAGGCGGAGGCCGAGGCCGAGAGCCCGUCCUCCGAGAUGGCCGCCGCCCCGUCCUCCGAAGACUACGGCGUGUUAGAAGAGGAGGUGGUAGUACUCUCGCCGGACGGGUCGGCCGCGGUCAACAGCGGCCCGGAAACCGAGGAAAGCCCGGCCAAGGGGACCCCCGCGGCCGCGGAGGCUCCAGGCCCCUCAUCCGACGGCGAGGACAGCAGCGCGAGCACGGGCACCACGCGUCGCAGCCUCGUGGCUGCCGUCAUCGUCGCGGUCAUGUCCGCCGUUGCUGCUUUCUGA